UAAAGUUACAACAAGUAACGUAAGGUGAUGGCUGACAUGGAAGAAACGGAGUUUGAUGAUAUUUUAGAUGACUGGUUUAUCGAGUCCCUGAAAACGUACAAAGAUCUUUAUGUGUAUCAGCUGGAAUGUCCUACCCAGGUCAUCGAGUGGACUUCAGGGACGACCGUGUGUGUUUCAGGAUACAGUUCGUCUAAAAACGAAAUUCUGGAGCUGCGUUUGCCUCUGAAACUCUUCGCUGAUGAAAACAAGGGUCUCUGCGCAGAGCGGGACUUCAAAGUUGUCCACGGGGGCUUCACGGACGGUCCUGUUCACUGCCUCAGACACGUCCCAGGAACAAGGUGUGUCGUUACCAACGACGGGCUGAGCUCAGACCUGCAGGUGUGGGACCUCGGAGGAGACGACGGCGAUGUGAUCAGAAGAACAGGAAGCGUGGCGGGCGGGAGGAGCGUUUCACAGAGCGGCAGCAGGAUCGCAGCUCGACUCUCGUCUCAGCCUGAAGUUCUUCACGGAGCUCAGAGCGGCGACGUCCGGCUGACUCAGCUGACCUCAGGACAGCCGCUGUUUAAACUUGAGGCGGACUCAUUAGAUCCUCUCAGCUCUCUGCAGUUUGUGAGUGAAGCAGUCUUCCUCGCCGGCUGCUGUAACGGGAACCUUCACAUCGCCGACACUCGGACGUCGGCUGCUCCUCAGCUUUCGCCUCCACCUGCGUCUUCAGGGGAGUCUGUCCUCUGGUGGACGGAUGCCUCCGCAGGUCCGUCCUGUUCGGAUCCGUCCGGCUGCAGGAUCGUCAGAGUCUCCUCGUCCGGACAGGCGGUGAUUUCAGACCUGAGGAACCCGGGAGAAGCUGUGAGUCGGGCUCAGCUGGACGUCCAAACAGGUCGCUGCAACCUGGACGAUGUCAGAGUGUCGUGGGCGCCAGCGCUGCGGGACUGUAUCGCCGUGUCAGGCUUCAGUGGAGCAGUUCAGAUCUACAACACCUCAGUCUGGAAGACGGAGCUGCAGGAAACUCGGCCGCUGUUCGAGCAUCGCGGUCACACAGUGUCAUCGCAGUCUGACGAUGGCGUUCCCGUCCGCGUCACCGCCCACGUCUGGCAUCCCGAGCGGCCGCGGACGCUACUGUCUGCGGCCUCGGACGGCUCCGUCCACGUGUGGGACUGGGUCGACCAACCAGCUGGCAGCUGCUGACGGUCCAACGGUCCAGUUUGAGACCUGAGAAGAGGAGGAUGAAUGAGCUGAUGUUAGCUCUGAGGUUCUGCUCAACGGACUGAUGUGGAUCAGGAAAACCACAGAUAACAAAACAAAGACUAACUUAUCACUGACUAACUGAUUCCAGCUCCGCCUCCAUUUUUAAUGUCAUGAAGAGAUGAAAGUGGAAUAUAUUUACAUUAACAUCUCAGGAAAAUACAAACCUACGUGGAGCAAAAAGGGGGCCCAAGGUAAUAUUUCCCGCUUCCUCUGUAUCCAGCCAUGAUGAUAGUUUAGAUUCAUAAUAAAUAUUUUUUAACUUUGGCCUUUAACAGUCAUCAUUGGGGUGGAGAAACCCAGUUAAAUGGAGAGCAGGUGACAUAAGAGGUGGGAGCUGCAGGUGGAGAUGCUGAGGGAGACAUUCAAGAUCUAAUUAAAGUGUUGAUGAAGACACUGCAGAACAUCUAACUGAACCGGCACAAACUCUACGGCCUGGAAGUGAGGAAAUCCGUUCGGAAAUUGGGAGACCCUUGAAAAUCCAAAUCCUGAACACAUCUGUGAUCUGAGACAACAGACUGGUGUGAAAUAAACUGACUCAACCAGAGAACAAUGAGCUGACCCCAGUUCAUCUGUUCAGGCUGAGCUCAGCCAGUUUUCACCUGUUUGUGUGAAGUCAGGCUGUAGUUCAGGUCUGAGGUGCUUUUAGAUUCAUUAUUAUUAUUUAAGGAAACUUUCACAUGUUUAGUUUACAGAAAUAAAAUGUUCCAAAUGUG